AUGCCCAGCGCAACAACUGUUUCUUUCGUGUUAUUGCUCAUCCUUGCUAUAUCCAUCGAGUGGCUUCGUCCAACGAUCAUGACCGAGACUACUGGUAAGCCAUGGGCUGAUAGUCCGUGUGCAUUGAUAACGACGCCGCAGUAUGCGACGAAGAAGGACGACAUCUUCACGCUGGGGGCAACACAUAUGGCACAUAUUCAUAACGCCAUACUUAGAGGGUAUAACUCAAUUUAUCUUCAAGCUCCACACGUUCAAGAAGCAGACAAUUCGGCGUUUGUAGGGUACGCGUUGACAUGGUAUCGAUUCGUGAAAAGCCAUCACGAUGAUGAAGAAGCCGAGCUGUUUCCCAAAGUGGAAGAGGUACUGGGUAGCAAAGAUAUCUGGCAAGAGACAUAUCAAGAGCACGAAUCAUUCCUAGGUGGCCUAGUCGAGUUUGAGAACUACUUGAGCAAUCUAGAAACACCCCAUGCAUUCGAUGGAAACCACCUCAUCAACAUCAUGAAAUCCUUCCAAGACCCAUUUUGCCACCACUUUCAGCACGAAAUCACUACCAUCGCCUCAUUUGGCGACCUACCAUCCGCUCCAGCGCCAAACUCCCCGGAAGCCGCACAAGCUGCUGCCGUCUUCAAAGCUUGGGGUAAGAAGACAGUCACCAAGGCAGGAACGUAUGACGUCGUGCCCUUCUUUUUGAUGAACUUGGAUGCAGACUACGAGGGGGGUUUGUGGGCGAAUUGGCCGCCUAUGCCGGCGCCAGUGCGCUGGGGUCUGGUGAAUGUGGCGGGCGCGGUGCACUGGGGAUGGUGGAAGUUUGCGAGUUGUGAUGGGUUGGGGCGGAGAAGAGAGUUGUUUGCGAUACCAAGCGAUGGGUCGACGUGA